AUGAAAGAAAGCUGCAACACCAAUAGAAAAGAGGAAAAUAAAGAGGGGGCGGGCCUAACCGGAUGUCGGUUUGGAAUAACGGCUGUUCAGAGACAGAGUAACGGCCGCGUCGCGAGGGCAGGAAGCAGCUGAGCUGGAGACAGGCAGAACUGACAACGGCAACCAUACAAAAUAAGCAAUGGAAGCCCUGAUGGGACCCGAUCGCUACCGAUGGACCUCUAUGAGCCAUGAGGAGCAACUCAAAGAAGCUGCAAUGGCCUUUAUUCGCCUUUGUGCGGAACAGGGAGACGGCGAUAGUCCCAGGCAGCCUCGCCUCAUGCCCCAGAAAGACCCCUAUGCAAGAGCUUCAGUGGCUGCUUUGGCCAGACCCAGCCAUCAUCCUCUGAUGAUGAGGCAUCUUCAGGCAGAGCCUAUGCUGCAGUCAGGGAGUCCUAAGAAUUCCAGGGCUUCUAGGAAGCCUGCAAUGAAAAGGAAGGUUUUAAGACGAACGCCGGAUGGAAAGGUACAAGUGACAGAUGAAUCCAUCGUGAGUGAAACUGACUCCGCUCCAAGUGACCCUGAGUACAGUGAGCUGAGUCAAAGGAUGUCCAAUCUGAAAACCCACCAGGAGGAAGAGUCUGAAGAGGAGUGUGAACUGAAUAGUUCUCCGGAGUCAGAAACUCCCUAUUCCUGGAGAGCUACAGGAACGAGCCAGAGCUCCAGUUCCGCAAGAGAGAGUCAGAGCCGAAGCGUAUAUGAGCAGGAUCUGAUCUUUUCCAGCCAGCCAAAGUCUUUCAUUCUACCCAGAAUGGAUCAGCUCAACCGGAAGAGGAUGAAGACUGACCGAGUGGCCCGCUACUUGGCACAUAAGCACGACUGGGGGUUGCUGCGUCUACCAGGGGAAGACCCCAGGAAAGGUGUGCGCUGGAGCAUCCGGGAGCAGAUGCUUUACAAGUCAGAAUUCCCUCCAAAAGCGCAACACGUUUAUAUCCCCAACAAUUACCUUGUGCCGACGGAGAAGAAGAGAUCUGCCCUGCGCUGGGGGAUACGCUGCGACCUGGCCAACGGUGUUAUACCUCGGAAUUCCUAUUCCUCCUAGAAAUCCAGAUAUCUUUACAGCUCCGGCCAUAGGGACGAGCAUUGCUUAGCAUUGCCAAAGAUAUGGCCACUCAGAGCUCAAGUGCUCCAUUGAGAGGCAGGCAGACAGACAGACGAUGAACUGUCUGAAGAAUAACUUUUAUUCUGGACUGUGAGAUCUUGAAAACCAGUCUCCCUUUUCCUAAAACUGUGGAUGUUCUCUAUGAUUUCACUGUUUUUAUAAAAAUUUAACUCCUGGAUGUAUGGAUUCAAUUAAAAAGUGUGACGUGAAAA